UUAACAUUCAAAAAUCAUCACACAAAAAAACACACAAACAGGGCUGCCAGAGCUAACAUGCAGCAGCAGCAGCAGCGAAACAAUUUUCACAAAAUAAAAAAAACCGGCGAUUACAGCAGAUCGAGAAGCAAGGGGAGGGUGGUAACCGCACAAAACACAGCAUCAGCAGUAGAGGUGGCGGCGUGAUGCCCCCUCUCUCUCACUCCGCCAUAGGGAAGCGAGGCUAAGCCUCCCUGCUACCCCACCCCCAUCCUCAUCCUCCUCCUCGCUCACUCUGCAGCACGGGCAGAGGAGUAGCAGUCGUGGUUGUGCGUGCUUGCUGCAAGAACCGCGAAGAAGGAGGUGGAGGAGUGGAGGCUGUACCGAGGAUGAGAAUGUUAUUGUGAAGAGGAGGUAGAGUGUUGAGAGGCUGGGUGGGAAGAGGAAGAGGAGGAGUGGGGACUGCGAAGAGGAGGAGUUGAAACAGUGAAGAGGAGAGAGGGGAAAAGGAUUUCAGCCGCGUGAACAGCCGUGGAAGCAACCAAGCGAUCCCGUCCACGACGUGGAACGGGGGAUUAUGCCGGUUCGAGUUCGGGGUCGUGCACGGGCAGUUUGACGGAGCGGUGGCUGGGCUCUGAGCCCGGCUCCAUCCCCGGAGGAAUCAUCGCUUCUCAGGGCAUCGGCCACGGGCGGCGGGGAAACAUGAAGAAGCAAUUCAACCGCAUGCGACAACUGGCGAGCCAGACUGUCGGAAGAGCUGAGAAAACUGAAGUCCUCAGCGAGGAUCUCUUACAGGUGGAGAAGCGCCUGGACCAGGUGAAGGCCGUGUCCCACAGCACCCACAAGAAGCUGCUGGCAUGCCUGCAGGGCCAGGUGCAGGGCGACUACGAGAAGCGCAUUAGGAAGCUUCCGCAGUCCGCUCUGAGUCAGUGUCUCAUCGAGGGAGCCGCCACGCUUGGAGAUGACUCCCUGCUCGGGAAGAUGCUGGAGCUGUGCGGCGACGCCGAGAACCGCCUCGCCGUGGAGCUCACGGUGCACGAGAUGCAGGUGGAGCGCGAGGUGCUGGAGCCGCUCUUCAACCUGGCCGAGGUGGAGAUCCCGAACAUCCAGAAGCAGAGGAAGCACCUGGCCAAGCUCGUGCUGGACAUGGACUCGGCUCGAGCAAGGUGGCAGCAGGCCACCAAAUCUGGAGCCCCCGGCACGAACCUCCAGACCCUUGCCGCCAAGGCCGACUCCCUGCGCGAGGAGAUGGAGGAAGCCAUCAACAAGGUGGAGAUGUGCAAGGACCAACUGGCGACCGACCUCUACAACUUCAUGGCCAAGGAAGGGGAAUACGCAAAGUUCUUUGCUGCGUUGAUCGAGGCGCAGGCCGAGUAUCACCGCAAGUCGUUGAGCGCCCUCGAGAAGAUCCUGCCGGCACUCAAGAUCCAGCAAGACAAGUGGACGGAGAAGCCGUCGUUCGGGGUGGCGCUGGAGGAGCACCUGCAGGUGUCGUGCCGCGAGAUCGCCUUCCCCAUCGAGUGCUGCGUCACCAUGCUGCUGGAGAGCGGCAUGCAGGAGGAGGGCCUCUUCCGGAUUGCGCCGGCCGCCUCGAGGCUCAAGAAACUGAAGGCGGCUCUGGACUGCGGCGCCGUGGAAACGCAGGAGUACGCGUCGGACCCGCACGCCACUGCCGGGGCCCUGAAGUCAUACCUGAGGGAGCUGCCGGAGCCCUUGAUGACCUUCAGCCUUUACGAAGAGUGGAUCCAGGCGUCCAACUUCCAGGACCCGGACAAACGUCUGCAGGCCCUGAAGAACGUCUGCAAUCAGUUGCCCAAGCCCAACUACGACAACUUGAGGUACCUGGUGAAGUUCUUCUCCAAACUCUCGGAGCACCAGGACGAGAACAAGAUGACGGCGAGCAACAUGGCCAUCGUGCUGGGGCCCAACAUGCUGUGGUCGCCCAACGAAGCGAGCAUGACGGACAUGAUGACGACGGUGUCGCUGCACACGGGCGGCAUCAUUGAGCCCAUCAUCCAGAACGCCAACUGGUUCUUCCCUGGAGAACUGGAUUUUGGGGUGACGGCCAAUAGCGGUGCGUCCAGCCCCACCCAGACGAACCACAAUGCCAACCACGAGAUUCCGGCCAUCAUCGGUGGGGCUACCACCCCAGUCGUGGGCUCCGUGGGCUCCGUGGGGUCCAUGGGCUCCGUGGGCUCCGUGGGGUCCGGGGGACCUCCAGAGGGAGGAGGGGGCACUGGGGGGGGGUCCCCCGAGACGGAGCUCAAGGAGCCGAGGCCUCACAGCAUCGCCACCGACAACGUGUCCAUGGAGUUCCGCAAGGACGGCCUUCGGAAAAUCCAAAGCAUGGGCGUGCGCGUCAUGGACACGGACUGGAUGGCGCGCCGUGGGGGCCCCAUGGGCUCGGGGAGCUCGCUGUGUGGGGGGGGCGCGGGGCCCCCCGGCUUCUCGGGCAGCGUGCGCCGUGCGGCGUCCACAUCCGGCGGGGAGCAGUCUCCCGGCGCCGACGCCACCCCGCUGGAAUCGCCGCUCAGCCCCGGGCCGUCGCUCCACCCUGCCGCCGCCGCCGCUGGCGCCGCGCCCCCCGCGCCCCCCGCGCCCCCACUGCCGCCCGUCCCUCCCGUGCCCCCCAGCACUCCUCCGGUCGCACCCGUGGCGGCGACCCCCUCCGCCGCCACGGUCGCCCCCGCCGCGCCCUCGGCCCCGACGCCGCCGGUCGUCCCGCGGCACCACAUGGAGGAGGCCGGCGAGCACUGGCUCCAGUCCAGGCGGCUGGCUUUCCACUGUCCCCCUUCCUCCUCCUCUUCCUCCUUCUCCUCUUCCUCCCUGGAGGAGCGGCCCCCGCCCACCACGAGCUCAUUCCACCCAACGAAGCCCCCCGUGGCCGACGGGCUGUUCGGGGGCUCCAGCACACUGCCCACUUCGCCGCAGAAACGGGCGGCGCUGGGCCACUGUGCCCCACCGACGCUCCAGAUCCACCACCACCAGCAUCCGCAGCAGCCGCAGCAGCCGCAUCAGCAGCAGCCGCAUCAGCAGCACCAUCACCCCCUUCAGCAUCAUCUACAACAUCACCCUCUCCAGCUGCAGCAGCAGCAACAACAGCAGCAGCAGCUGCAUCAACAGCAGCAGCAGCACUAUGACAUAAACUACAACCCUCGGCCUACCUACAUCGCGAUUCCCAAGCAGCCGUCCCCGUCGGACACUCACGUGCCGGAGCCCGGCACGGCACCGCCCGUUUACAUGAAGACGCCGCUGCUGCUCACCAAGCGCGCCACCCUGGGCGGGCAGACGACGGGGACGCUGGGGCCCACGGGGGGCGGCUCCUCCUCCGGCCGCACCGUCGGCUGUGGCUGCGCCCGAGAGGGCAGGCCUGGUCUGUAUAGCACACUGAGGAGCUCGGGCAAGGACAGCGCCAUGCAGAAGAGCUGCACGCUGCCAGCGCACGCUGGGUCCGGCCUCGCCCAGAUCAGCAUCGGCGCCAACCAGACGCUGUCCGGCCCCAGUCCCGGCCUCGGCCGCAGAGCCAGCAAGAAGCCGGCGCCGCCGCCACCGAAGCCGCCCGUCAAGCCGCCCUGUCUGCCGGCGGCGGAGCCGGUCAGCGAGCCGCCCUCCUCGUCCGCGUCGACGAGCCGCUCGUCCACGCCGCCCAGCACGCCCCCCACCAAGGCGGCGCACCCCACGCCCCCCAAACCGCCGCCGCUGUCCCCCGCCGACCCCGACGGGGAGAGCUCCGGGCGGAUGACCCUGAGCCGCCCGACCCCGCGACCCCGCCAGCGACCCUCCGUGCCACCGCCCCCGCAGCCCCCGGGCCUGCACCCCGGCUCGGCCACGGCGCCGCAGGACUUUAAGAGCCCGACGACGCCGGGCUCCGAGCAGCCCAUCCUCAACCACAGGCCCAGCAUGUCCACCAGCGCGCGCCAGCCGACGGCGCACGGUGCGGCGGUGGCGGCGGACGGGCAGGACGGGCAGAGGUGCCUGGAGGCGACGCCAUGCACCCAGCCCAGCAACGGGCACGCCAAGCACUUUGACGCGGAGAGCACCGCCUUCUGAGGGCUGCCCCGGCCUCCACCAAGCGGCGCCGGGCCCGACCACUCGCCAAACAACCCACCACCACCCCCAAACCUCCACCCCACUCUCCACUCCUCUGUCCGUCUCCAGGUUUUUUUUGUUGUAAAUAAGGAACGCUCCGUUUGCAUCGCAAUCUUACGAAGUAUUAUCAAACUUUCCAUGGAUUAUGCCCGUGCGGUGUGCGUGUUUCUGUCGUCGUCUUUUCUCGUCGUCGUUGUCGUGGUGGGAUAAUGACCUCAGCCGGCUCAAUCGAGGACCACUUCCUUCCCCCUUGUUUACACCGCCCCGUUUUGCCUUGUGUGUGUUUUUUUGCCGGCAACAAGAACGAGCGCCGCUCGCCUUUCGCGAACGACGCUGACGCUGCUGCUGCUGCUGUUGCGAGAUGUGUGCUUGCCGAGGAUGAGGGGGUGUGGGGGUGUUUAUCUCGCGGUUGCCGUGCGGUGUGACCGGGUCCAACAACUGCCAUAUCCAAUGCAUGUCUUUGCCUCUAUCUCUGUUUUUGUUUUUUUGGACAAAAGCAUCUUUGAUUUGCCAAAUAUAGAACUUGAUUGUGUUUUUUUUUUUCGCGCAGGAAAGAGAAGGAUAACAAAUGAGAAAAAUUAUAAUAAUAUCCAUUGAUUGUACUGCGAAUAGCAGUGAGUAUUUAGUCAUCUUUGAUGUCCAUGUAUUGUAGAUGCAGUAUAUAUUAAAAACACAAGUAUUUUCGAGCGGCAGAAUUGAACGUUACUCCAGAGAAGAUGAGUGCCAGUUAGCUCGCUGUGCCGUGUGCUGUAUUGUAAAUCUUGGCGAUGUAAAUAAACCCGUGUGCAGUAUU